UAUGCGCCAUAUUAGUUGUUGUGGUGUUGGUAGUGAGAGAGUGGGUAGAAAGUGGUGAAAGGGUGAAAAAGGUGGGUCAGAGGUUAUCCGUGAGCUGGGUGUGGUUGUGGGGAGCCGUUGUGGUGUUUUGGGAAGCGGAGGUGAGACAGGGCAGUUGCUGGUGCGUGGCGUUGAGGAGGGUAACUACAGGAGUUGAGGAGACUUGUUAGUUAAGAGGUUGGGUCGCUGGUGUGCUUAUUUUGCACUUGGGCCAUCAACCGACCACCAACAUCAACUCUUCUCCACUCCCAGUGGAAGUUGCUAGAGGUCGGCCAACUGCUUAUCGCCAAAUUCCACAUUCCAUAAUUCCAUGAACAUGAAACGUCUCCCAGGCGCGUCCACCACUCCACUUGCAUAGCACUCACAGCAUGAAAACUAUGUGGGUGUGGUUGUCGGUGGGAGGAGCACUUUUUUGGGAUUUUAUGGGGUUUUCUCUUCCUCUCUUGACUUGUAGUAAUGCAUCGUGGAUAAAUGGCACAAACUGAAAGAAUAAUACAAAAACACGACUAAAAUAACUGGAUAUUUAAAUGCACUAUCGCUUUGUGUGCAUUGCAGACGUGACAAAUUUCCUGUGCAAACGAUAGAAACUUGUAAAAAAGAUUGAAAAUGGAGGUUCAAGAUGACAUUGGAUAUUUGAGCAUGGAGGCGGUUGACCAUCAUGAUGACGACAGUCAGAGUCAAGAGCUCAAAGAAGAUGCAACUUAUUAUGUUAACGACGAAGAAAAUGAUGACCAAGAGCAGUAUCUGUACACGGAAGCUGAUGUUCAAGAAGGAACAAGCAGCGGAAUUACCGUUCAUACUAGGGAGACGGAGGAUGGUGACCCCGAAGUUUUGGGCAUCGACGAUGACGACGACUCUCAAGAAGAAAAGGAGGAGUACGAAACGGUCACGAUUGUUCCUUCUCAGGGGGAGUCGGGCGAAGUUAGUUAUGUUCUUAUUGUCCAACAACCUGAAGCCAAGGAGAAAGAGGACGACAUGAAAGUGUUUGAAUUUGACGAAGCUGAAGGGGAUAUGCAGCAAACUGACAACGAAGAAGACCUUGAUGAUAAAAAUACUGUCAAAAAAGCCACAAGUACCCCAAAGAAGCAAACAACUGCGACUGCCCACAUGUGCAAUUACUGCAACUAUACCAGUCCAAAGAGGUACCUGCUCUCUCGUCAUAUGAAGUCUCACUCAGAGGAACGACCUCAUAAAUGUAGUGUUUGCGAAAGAGGGUUCAAAACCUUGGCGUCUUUACAAAAUCAUGUCAACACCCACACAGGAACGAAACCUCAUAAAUGUAAAUACUGCGACUCGGCUUUUACAACCUCUGGUGAACUUGUGCGACAUGUUCGGUACCGUCACACCCAUGAAAAACCUCACCAUUGUUCAGAAUGUGACUAUUCGAGUGUAGAAUUGAGCAAAUUAAAGCGCCAUAUGAGAUGUCACACCGGCGAGAGACCUUAUCAGUGUCCUCACUGUACAUACGCAAGUCCUGAUACGUUCAAAUUGAAGAGACAUUUGAGAAUACAUACGGGGGAGAAACCUUACGAAUGCGAUAUUUGUCAAGCCCGUUUUACGCAAUCGAAUAGUCUCAAAGCCCAUCGUCUAAUUCAUACUGGGAACAAGCCUGUCUUCAAGUGCGAGUUGUGUCCUGCUACUUGUGGACGUAAAACUGAUCUCCGUAUCCAUGUCCAGAAGCUUCACACGUCGGAACGACCGUUAAAGUGCAAACGAUGUGGAAAAGCGUUUCCUGACAGAUACACGUUUAAGCUGCACUGCAAAACACAUGACGGUGAAAAGUGUUUCAAAUGCGAUUUGUGUCCAUAUGCUUCAUCUUCCCAAAGACAUUUGGAGUCUCACAUGUUGGUUCACACAGACCAAAAGCCGUAUCAGUGUGAAUUAUGUGAUCAGGCUUUCCGUCAGAAACAACUUUUGAGACGCCACCAAAAUCUUUAUCACAAUCCAAAUUAUGUCCCACCUCAACCUCGAGAGAAGCAACACGAGUGCGCAGAAUGUGGGCGAUCAUUCCGACACAAAGGGAAUCUGAUUAGACAUAUGGCUAUUCACGACCCCGAAUCUACUGCACAAGAACGACAACUGGCUCUAAAAAUUGGACGCCAAAAGCGAAUUCAAAUUAUCGAUGGUCAACAAGUAGAAGUUAUGGACGAUGAUGAUGAGGACGAUGAAGAAGACGAAGAGGAUGAUGAAACUCAAAUGUUGGCUGUGGAAGGCGAUGAUGGGCAACAGUAUGUUGUUCUCGAAGUAAUUCACUUACAGGACGGAGACGGAACUGAACAAACUGUGGCCGUUGUUGGAGAUGACACGGAACUCACAACGGAAACCGUAAUGCAUGACGCAACGGAUAUGGCUGAUCUCAGUGACCCCAAUCUCAUGAGCCAACUAACUGAUGCUUCAAAUGAUGGAUUCCAGUCUAGUCUAACCGAAGACAAGCUAGAAAAGAAGGUUGCAGUGAAACACGAAAUGGUUACUGAGGAUGACGUGAAAACUUGUUUUGGAUUUGAUGAUGACGAUGACGAGGAAACAGAAGAAACUAUGGAUUACUAUUAGAUUCAUUAAAGAUUACUUAAAAUAGACUGCAUACUUUCUAAUUGAAUAAUAAUAUAUGUACCACCGUGUAUUUGACGACUCGUUUUACAUCACCUCUCUUGGUUUAUAUUUAACCAUUUUAAUUUUGCAUAUCUUACCAAACUUCCUAAAAUUAAAUACUCUUUAGUUAGUAGUUAGUUGCCUGCUGUGGUGUCACGUUUUAUACAAAAUAUUAUGUCCCAUGUUAAUAUGCAUAAUUUUAAGUGUAUGAUCAGAUUGAUAGACCAAUCGACCAUUUUAAGUUUCUUAUAAUACCCAUCAUGAGGCCACAUUGAUUUCCGAAUUUUGUACCUUAAUUGUAUAGUGGAAACGUGUAAUGUAAAAUAUACUGUUAACGUUUGACGUGCAGGAGAUAAUAUGUGCUGAACCAAAAAAGUCGCCAAAAAUUUGUCAACACAGCAGGUUUUUAAUAUGCAAAUCUUUUUGUACACACAGAUCUUUAACCAAUGUUAAUAAAAUAUAAAUAUAUUGUCAACUA